CCACACCCCCUCUGCUCUGGGAUUAUCAUUGAACUGGACUGGACUGGACCACUGCUCCCACGCCUCGAGUUUGUAAAAUCCCUAGGUCCCCAGUAUCCAUAGUAGUUUUUCUUUUCUAGUCUAGGCAAAGAAUCCAGGCUGCAUUUCUCGCCAUGGCUGGGUUGCGUGCUGCACUGGCGCUGCUCGCGGUGUUAGCGGUGGUCGGCCUGUCGCGUGGUGCCGACGACGACAAGGUGCUGUCGCUCGACUUCACCAACUUCGAGUCGGAGGUUAAGAGCCACGACUUCAUCGCCGUCAUGUUCUACGCUCCCUGGUGCGGCCACUGCAAACGACUAGAGCCGGAGUAUUUGAAGGCGGCGGAGCAGCUGGCGGAGGAGGGGUCGGACAUCGUGCUGGCGCGUGUGAACGGCGACGAGAAGAGCAACAAGGCCAUCGCCAGGAAAUACGGCGUGGGGGGCUUCCCCACCAUCAAGAUCUUCCGCAAGGACUACGCAUCCCCCCUGACGUACAAGGGCCCCCGGGAGGCAGGGGGCCUGGUGGCGCACCUGAAGAAGCAGGCGGGGCCGGCGUCCACCAAGGUGCGGUCGGGCUCCGACCUCAAACGCGCCAUGGAGGACGACAGUGUGGUCGUGGUGGGUCUGUUCACCUCUCUCUCUUCUCCCGAGUUCGACACGUUUGUGUCGGUGGCGCGGGACCUGCGCACGGACUAUGUCUUCAAGCACACCACGGACGCUGCCCUGCUGCCCGCCAAGGGGCCCGCGCUCUCCGCCCCUGCUGUGCGCCUGCUCAAGCACUUCGACGAGGGGUUCUCCGACUCUGAGGACUUCACCCCCGCGGCCCUGAGGGUGUUCAUAGAGCGGCAUGCGGUGCCGCGUGUGGUGGAGUUCAGCCAGGACCCCAAGGACCGCCCCUUCCUCGCCCAGGUCUUCCAGGCGCCCACCAACAAGUCGCUGCUGUUCCUGUCGUACAGCCUGCCGGACGCGCCUGAGUUCCGCAGCCGGUACGUGGAGGCGGCGCAGGAGCAGCCCGACAGCAUCCGCCUUGUCAUCGGGGAGGCCGCCACCAACGACCACGCGCUCAAGUACUUCGGCUUGGCGCAGAGCGACACGCCUGCCAUGGUGAUCCACGACCCGCGCUACGACGCCAAGUUCAUCCGCACUCACAUCGCCCCCUCCGACAUCGCCCCCUUCCUUGCUGACUUCCAGGCGGGGCGGGCGGAGCGGGUGCUGAAGAGUGAGGCGGUGCCGGAGUCGGACUCGGGGGCGGUCAAGAAGCUGGUGGCCAACAGCUUCAGGGACCAAGUGCUCAACUCCAGGAAGAACGUGCUGGUGGAGUUCCACGCGCCGUGGUGCUCGGCCUGUGCUGACCUGGAACCCGUGCUCAAGGACGUGGCAGCAGCCCUCUCUGGCCAGAGGGACGUCGUUGUUGCUAAGAUGGACUUCUCCGCCAACGACAUUCCAUCUGAUAAGUUUGACAUCAAGGCGCUGCCCACCUUCUACCUCUACACAUCCGCGGGAGUUGCGGUGCCCUACACUGGCGACAACUCCAAGGCCAGUCUGCUCGCCUUCGUCAGGAAACACAAGGGAGCCAAGAAGGCCGCUGCAGCUCCUCCCUUGGCGGAAGAAUUGGCGGAAGCGGAGGAGAUUGCUAAUAGAAAGGAGGAAGAGGGGGAUGAGGACGAGAGGAAGGAUGAGUUGUAAUUAUGUAAUGCUUCUAGUAUUCUGUGUUGACAAGAUGCAACUCGCACAAUUAGGCCUGAACACUCACUUCGGAUUGUAUUAUUCAGCUCGAGUUUUUCCGACAUU